AAAAUUUCUUUCAGAAGCAACCGUGUGAACCAACUGCGGAAAAUUUGCAGAAAGCAAUAAAUCGUGAUUCACUCGCAUUUGGAAUGAAGGAAGCAGCCCAGCAGCUAAAUUUAUCUGAUGAUAACAUAAAGAUGAUGCAAAUGCAAGGAAUUAAGCCGGAAGCUGGGGCUAUUGACUCAAAUAGACCAGAAGUUUCCUAUGCAGGCGCGUAUAGGCCAGUUCUUCAAGCUUCUCAAGAGAUACAAUCAAGUAAGUCAGAAAAAACAAAAAUGGCUGAAUUCAUGGAAAUUGAAAAUACAGCCUGCAUAAAUGUUACAAAGGAUAGACAUGAAAAUGAGGCAGCCGGAUCGGAAGACGGCUUAAUGAUGAUACAGCAGUUAAUGGUAUUACAGCAGCCCAAGGAAGAAUUGAGAAAUCAGAAUAAAUUGGAUCAGCUUGCAGUCAUGAAAUAUAAAGAGAGGAAUAAAAAAAGGUAUAUGGAAAAACAAGAGCGAAAAACUAAGAAGCUGCUACAGCAAAUUCAAAGUAAAUCUCAAAACUUGCUGGGAAAUCAAUUAAAGAUUGAAAGCGGCGAAUUGAAUAUGCCUCCUCCGUUUAUUCCAAUAGAUGAAGACAAUAUAGCUUCAAUCGACAUCGAUACUUUGCAAGCGUUUAAGGCGAAUUUAGAAAAACAACUUGAGAUUAUUGAUCAGAGCAGUUCUGACAUAGCCUCACCACAAUCUACGCAUAGCAACACGCCGGUGAAAGUUGUUCUCGAAUCAAAGCCGUUAACAAACGAUUAUGAUGAAAAUGUCAGAGAAUACCCUGAUUAUAUGCGAGGAUCGAACUCACAAGGCUAUGAAGUUUUGUGUGAAGAAAAGCCAUCCUUAACUGCUGAGAACUAUGCAUCAAAAACAAACACAAGUGCCGAAAAUAUUGUAUCGGGGCAAAUAGUCCAAGAUGUUAAACCAUGCGAGACUGAAGCGACCCGUCAAUGGGGAAGUCCCGGAAGCACAUCACAAAUAAUAGAAGCUCCUCAAGCAUGUUUAGAUGCAUCAUUUGAUUCAUCUGACUUCAAUCUAACUUCAAUCGAAUCGAACUUGACCGGACCUCAGAAUAGUAACAACUUUGAAGCCGGACAUAAACAAGGAGAAAAUAGCAAAGAACCCCAAUUAAGUCAAUUUGAGAUUGCUAAGCAAACCCGUCUUAGGAAUAUUCAGAAAUUGAAGAGCCUCAAAAUGUUUGUUGGACAAUCUGAAAAUGAAGGCAUACAAAAUUACUAUAUGACGGAUAUUAUUCAUCAAGAUUUUCCGUAUGAAGAAGAGACAAAUGAAAAUAGAACCUCAUUUUUUGAGAAGUACAGAUUUUCAAGUAUGAGAGCUUCAUCAUCUCAACAAUAUAUUAAAAAAGAAAAUCAAAGUCCUGGGGAAGAACUAGAAAGUGAUCAAGUGGAAAUGACUUUUAGCCAACAAGAAUCCAGUGAUAAACAAAAAGUAAAGAGGAUCGAAUACAAAUGGAUAUACGAUGAUACCAAGGAAGUGAAUACCGAGAAAGAGCAUCAGAAAACAGAUAUUGCCUUGAAACGUGACAAAUUAAGGAUACAUGAAUUAAAGCAUUCUGAUGAUGAUGAUGCCGAUGAUGACGAUGUUGCCGAUGAUCAUGACGAUGUCGAUAUAAAACCAGAUAUGCAAACAUUGAGCCACGUUCAAUCUUUGAGCAACGAGGGGUCCGCCUCAGCAGCUAAGGAGCCAAUAGAAGACAACCCACCUAAGGCUAAGAGAAGUCAAACUCAGGAAGGAGAUGUGGUAAAACUGGAGACAUCUUCAGGAUGCAGAAUUCCAAUGGACAACAUGGAUAGGCAAAUAAAUCGCCAGUCGGUUACUGAAAAUAUGGAACAAUAUCCAAUCAAGAGCGAAAAUUCCCCGAAGUCCGAGUUUCAGAUUAAACAGUAUGAAGAUGAGGAUGAAGCUAAGAAAUUUUCAGAACAUAGAUAUAUUUCAACUACUGUAAAGCCUGAAAAGGUAAACGCGAAGGAGAUCGCGAAUAAAACUAAAUUGAUUGAAGAGCAACAAAUUCAACGGGACGGAAAUAUAACGCCGAACAAUACUGAUAUUAGGGAAACUCCUGAUAAGAAACCACGUUGGAGGAUUCCAAAGAAACGCAAAGCUGAGAGCAGCACUCAGGCGGAAGAGCAACAAAUUCAACCGGACGGAAAUCUAGCGCCGAACAAUGAUGAUAUUAGGGAAACUCCUGAUAAGAAACCACGUUGGAGAAUUCCAAAGAAACGCAAAGCUGAGAGCAGCACUCAGGCGGAGCAUGAGUAUAAUGCAGAGCGCUAUGAGCGUAACCCUAACUCUAGGGAAGCAAUGGAAAUGACGGAACAUUAUCAGAAACAUAUGAAAAGAGAAAUAACAAAUUAUGGAGAUGUUAGUGAUAUUACAGAAAGCCAGCCAAACCGAAGAUUUCAUCGGGUGCCAAACCAAUAUGAAUGGACCUCGGCCGAAGUGGCCCUUCAAGAGAAGAUGCGUCAUAUGUAUGCAUACCAAUAUGCAGCACCAAAAUUUGCACCACAUCAAUAUGUGCCGCAGUACGCUGCGGAUCAAUUCGUACCGCGAUAUAUACCGCAGCAUCAUGUCCGGCAUCGAAAUGCUGCGCAUCAAUAUGCACCACGCCCAUUUGCACCACACCAAUAUGCACCACACCAAUAUGCACCACACCCAUUAGCACCACACCAAUAUGCACUACACCAAUAUGCACCACGCCAAUAUGCACCACGCCCAUUUGCACCACACGAAUAUGCACCACGCCCAUUUCCACCACACGAAUAUGCACCACACGAAUAUGCACCACACCAGCAUGCACCACACCAAUAUGUACCACACCAGCAUGCACCACAGUAUUAUAUACCAAGAAGGCCACCUAUACCGAGAGACCAAGCUCCCACAGUGGAAGGAUAUAAGGAUUGGGAGCCUUCAGUUGCUGCUCACCAAUAUCAAGGCUAUAGGGACAGAUCGUACCGGACGAGGGGAUAUGAAGUGAAGCAACCGUUAGUUAACGAACAAAGAGAUCUAGCUGUGGAAAGAUCGAUCAAGACGGAACGCUAUGAUCGCAGGCAGCCAUCAGCUCCCGUCCCGAAAUAUCAAGAUGGCAAUCUGGAAAUAUCCUAUAAAACGGAAAGCCAUGAGCCUAGACAGCCAUCAGUUACCGAAAAGAUAGAGCCAGCUGGCAAUCUGGAAAGAUACAAUAAGGCGGAAAAUCAUAAACAGAGAGAGCUACACAAUCUGGAAAGAUCCUGUACGAGGGAAAGUCAUGAGAAUAAACAGAUAGAGCCAGGAGGCAGUGUGGAAAGAUCCUAUAAGGCAGAAAGUCAUGAUAAUAAACAGAGAGAGCUAGCUGGCAAUCUGGAAAGAUCCUAUAAGACUAAAAGUCAUGGGGCUAAACAGAGAGAGCUAGCUGGCAAUCUGGAAAAAUCCUGUACGAUGGAAAGUCAUGAGAAUAAACAGAAAGAACCAGGAGGCAGUGUGGAAAGAUCCUAUAAGGCAGAAAGUCAUGAUAAUAAACAGAGAGAGCUAGCUGGCAAUCUGGAAAGAUCCUGUACGAUGGAAAGUCAUGGGAAUAAACAGAAAGAGCUAGCUGGCAAUCUGGAAAGAUCCUGUACGAUGGAAAGUCAUGAGAAUAAACAGAAAGAGCUAGCUGGCAAUCUGGAAAGAUCCUAUAAGACUAAAAGUCAUGGGGCUAAACAGAGAGAGCUAGCUGGCAAUCUGGAAAAAUCCUGUACGAUGGAAAGUCAUGAGAAUAAACAGAAAGAGCCAGGAGGCAGUGUGGAAAGAUCCUAUAAGACUAAAAGUCAUGAGCCUAAACAGAGAGAGCUAGCUGGCAAUCUGGAAAGAUCCUGUACGAUGGAAAGUCAUGAGAAUAAACAGAAAGAGCCAGGAGGCAGUGUGGAAAGAUCCUAUAAGGCAGAAAGUCAUAAGAAUAAACAGAGAGAGCCAGCUGGCAGUGUGGAAAGAUCCUAUAAGGCAAAAAGUCAUGAUAAUAAACAGAGAGAGCUAGCUGGCAAUCUGGAAAAAUCCUGUACGAUGGAAAGUCAUGAGAAUAAACAGAAAGAACCAGGAGGCAGUGUGGAAAGAUCCUAUAAGACUAAAAGUCAUGGGGCUAAACAGAGAGAGCUAGCUGGCAAUCUGGAAAGAUCCUGUACGAUGGAAAGUCAUGAGAAUAAACAGAAAGAACCAGGAGGCAGUGUGGAGAAAUCCUAUAUGACGGAAAGUCAUGAGUCUAAAAAGAGAGAGCUAGCUGGCAAUCUGGAAAAAUCCUGUUCGAUGCAAUGUCAUGAGAAUAAACAGAGAGAGCCAGCUGGCAGUGUGGAAAGAUCCUAUAAGGCAGAAAGUCAUAAGAAUAAACAGAGAGAGCCAGCUGGCAGUGUGGAAAGAUCCUAUAAGGCACAAAAUCCUGAACCUGAACAGAGAGAGCUAGCUUGCAAUCUGGAAAGAUCCUAUAUGACGGAAAGUCAUGAGAAUAAAGAGAGAGAGCCAGCUGGCAGUUUGGAAAGAUCCUAUAAGGCAGAAAGUCCUGAACCUAAACAGAGAGAGCUAGCUGGCAAUCUGGAAAGAUCCUAUAUGACGGAAAGUCAUGAGUCUAAAAAGAGAGAGCUAGCUGGCAGUGUGGAGAGAUCCUAUAUGACGGAAAGUCAUGAGAAUAAAGAGAGAGAGCCAGCUGGCAGUGUGGAGAGAUCCUAUAAUGCAGAAAGUCCUGAACCUGAACAGAGAGAGCUAGCUUGCAAUCUGGAAAGAUCCUAUAUGACGGAAAGUCAUGAGAAUAAAGAGAGAGAGCCAGCUGGCAGUUUGGAAAGAUCCUGUACGAUGGAAAGUCAUGAGAAUAAACAGAAAGAGCCAGGAGGCAGUGUGGAAAGAUCCUAUAAGGCAAAAAGUCAUGAUAAUAAACAGAGAGAGCUAGCUGACAAUCUGGAAAGAUCCUAUAAGACUAAAAGUCAUGGGGCUAAACAGAGAGAGCUAGCUGGCAAUCUGGAAAGAUCCUGUACGAUGGAAAGUCAUGAGAAUAAACAGAAAGAGCCAGGAGGCAGUGUGGAGAAAUCCUAUAUGACGGAAAGUCAUGAGUCUAAAAAGAGAGAGCUAGCUGGCAAUCUGGAAAAAUCCUGUACGAUGCAAUGUCAUGAGAAUAAAGAGAGAGAGCCAGCUGGCAGUGUGGAAAGAUCCUAUGAGGCAGAAAGUCAUGAGAAUAAACAGAGAGAGCCAGCUGGCAGUGUGGAAAGAUCCUAUAAGGCAGAAAGUCCUGAACCUGAACAGAGAGAGCUAGCUUGCAAUCUGGAAAGAUCCUAUAUGACGGAAAGUCAUGAGAAUAAAGAGAGAGAGCCAGCUGGCAGUGUGGAGAGAUCCUAUAUGACGGAAAGUCAUGAGAAUAAAGAGAGAGAGCCAGCUGGCAGUGUGGAGAGAUCCUAUAUGACGGAAAGUCAUGAGAAUAAAGAGAGAGAGCCAGCUGGCAGUGUGGAGAGAUCCUAUAAUGAAGAAAGUCCUGAACCUAAACAGAGAGAGCUAGCUGGCAAUCUGGAAAGAUCCUAUAUGACGGAAAGUCAUGAGAAUAAAGAGAGAGAGCCAGCUGGCAGUGUGGAGAGAUCCUAUAAUGCAGAAAGUCCUGAACCUGAACAGAGAGAGCUAGCUUGCAAUCUGGAAAGAUCCUAUAUGACGGAAAGUCAUGAGAAUAAAGAGAGAGAGCCAGCUGGCAGUUUGGAAAGAUCCUAUAUGACGGAAGGUCAUGAGUCUAAAAAGAGAGAGCUAGCUGGCAAUCUGGAAAAAUCCUGUACGACGGAAUGUCAUGAGAAUAAAGAGAGAGACCCAGCUGGCAGUGUGGAAAGAUUCUAUAAGGCAGAAAGUCAUGAGAAUAAACAGAGAGACCCAGCUGGCAGUGUGGAAAAAUCCUAUAAGGCAGAAAGUCCUGAACCCAAACAGAGAGAGCUAGCUGGCAAUCUGGAAAGAUCCUAUAUGAUGGAAAGUCAUGAGAAUAAACAGAGAGAGCUAGCUGGCAGUGGGGAAAGAUCGUUCAAGGGAUCAUGUUUACCGAAAGCUUCCGUUGAGAGUAACCCAACUCUAAAAGAACAAUAUGUUUUAAAGAACUCGCAACUCACAGCACAUCCGUUGCCUAAACAGCCUGAAAGCAAAGUAGACAAAAACUGCGAGGCUCAAAACAAAAAUAAUAUGGAGAGUACAUUAUCUGAAAAACAAGGAACGCACGAGAUUCUUCCCCUUCAGGCAGCAGUGCAGCAAACGCGCGUUGGUGACAUAAAAAUAGCAGAGCUUGAAUCAACGGCAAGAAAAGUUACUCUAUCGUCAGAUAAUAUGAACAUUCCGGAAAGUUCAGCCAAGGAAAAGGUAGAGCAAAUACAAAAAGUCAAGAAGUUGCAUGUGCCCAGCUCGAGAUUUUGGAGAUUCAUAUCAACCAGAACCGACAAUCGGAAACAAAAUAAUAAUGUUCAGGUUGAAAAUAGGACCUUAGACUCCCUAAAAACUGCGCAACAGGAGACUACACAGCCAGAAAAUCUCUCUCAAGCGACAAAGGAAAACAUAACGCCUAGCUUCAAAAUUGGACAACUCGAGUCGAAACUUGACUCGCAAAAUACAGCGAGAGGUGAGGUUGAAAAAGAUUUAAAAAGGAAAAUUACAACUGAAAAUUCUGAGAUAUAUUCGAUUGAGAUUUUGGAGUUGCCACCAUAUAAGAAAUCAAAGUUGGCUCCAAAUAAUUUACAGCAAACAAGUGUUAAGCCAUUGGCCAACACCAAACGAUUACAGAAAAAAGGAGAAAAUAUUACUCAGAAGCAAUUUUUCCCGGAAUUCAAUGUGAAUCAAAUAAGCGCUCUCAUUGACAAAAGGCCACUAUGCGAAAAGGUUGCGCCCACUCCAGAGAAUGUGCUUGAAAAUCGAAUCAAGCAAAUUGAAGAGCCCAGACAAAAUAAGGACCUGUAUGGUGCUGCGAGAAGGGAAUUGUGUGCAGCCUCAAAUACGAAUCCCUUUAUAAAGCCUUGUGAGGGAAAUGUUGCAGACAAGGCGUGCCCUAAAAAGCCAGCGAAAUAUUUAAUAACUAUGACCAAAGAUGGGGAUAUAGAAAUAAGGUAUAAUAGAGAAGCGAAUUCGAUACCGAAUGGAAGCUCGGACGUUUUGCUAACCACGGCUGAUACUACUGAUCUGCCUAAUCCGAUAUCGCCUGAGUCCCCAUUAGAUCAAUUUUGGGCAUUGUUGGAGGGUAAAGGCGAGGUGGACACGUCACAUCCGGAUGAAAACCCAUUCGAAAAGUUCUGGCCCUAUUUGGAUCAUAACUACGACAUGGAUGUCAGUAGAAGGAAAACGAUCUUCAAAUGGGAUGAAAAGACAAUAGAAGCAUUUCGGCGAUACAUGGACGCAGCCUGCAAGCCGCCAUCCUUCAUGAUAAGGGCCACUAUACAUCAGAUUAAUGCAUUUUUCUCGGCACUUGCGUUUUUGGACACCGACAUCGAGCGACACAGGGAGAAGGAUCAGCAUAGCAGACAAACGCAGCCGGGUAAUCAGCAAAAUAUGGGCGGGAUAACAACGGAUUCGGAUUUGCAUGAAACCCCCUAUAAUCUACUUAAGUCAUGUUUAAAUUCUGGCAACGAUCGGUCGCCGGCAGAUCAACGUAAGAUCGAGGCUAAGUUGGGUUGGGAUGACAGCUCACGCGACUCAUUAUUAUCAUUCCUGUCAGCUGUGGAGCCCAGCAACAACGAAUCCGCGUGUGGCCAACCUAAGAAGAAGCCGAUGUUGAAAGCAAAUGCUAGUAACGUCAGGAAACGCUUCUCAAUUAAUCAAUCUAAGCCAGAACCGUAUGAGGUCGGCCCAAAGAUCAGUAAGCUCUCACUCAACCCGCCAAAGCCGUCCAGUCACAUUGUACCGAACAGACCCCUAACAGCGGCUUCGCUGAAUCAAACCCAACCAAGUCGUGCAGUUCAAGCAGAUGGAAGAUUACCCAUAGACAAUAAGUUCGUUGCCAAAAAUGAGCUCUCCAUGCCCCAAAAGUCUGUUUCACAGCCCAUGCCCAAAGCUCAGCAAAAUCCCCUAGCGCAAAUAACUCCAAUGAAAGCCAAGCACCCAUAUGACAUGCCUGAGAUCUAAUACAGUAUCAACUUGAGAUACUAGUGCCCUGCUAUUAAUCGGUACACUCCACUUACUUGAUUAGCCCAUGCCGAACAUCGUUAUGCUUACAAAUCCUCUUGGGGUGACAAGGCCUGUAAAGUAAACUCUUGCUAGCAAGUCGUUGACGGUGCCCCAGAGCAAUGAAGCGCCGGCAACGACAGACACGCAAACAUUUAAAACAAAGUCCACAGCCAAAAAACAGAUGCCAAUAGCAAAUAAGGCAGGUUAAAGUCGCAAUAGAAAUGGAAUCGCAAAUGGAAUCUAAUCAGGGAUAAUUAAUAGGCUGAAAUAUAUAAAUAUUUCUUUGCAAUUAACAGUUAUUGGAAGUCAAAUGAAGAUAGCACAAACAGAUAAAAAAAAGUCGGCGGUAUCCACGCUAGCGCCAGCGGGACUUAAUUUCCCUUCAAUUUUCCAGGGAACGCACAAUCUCAUUCUCCAGGAAUUAAGUUAUCUUCCAUUCCAGAGAACACACAUUUUAAUUUGCACACUACAGGGACUUAGUUCCCUUCAAUUUUUGAUAGCUGAAGAGGCUCCACAAAUGCUGCACCAAGACUCGGGUUGAGCGAGUCGAUACCUCCAGCAACAAUUAUAUAUAUCGGUGGGAUUUAGCACGGACCCAUUUGAUAUACAGAUAAGCUCCGAUAGUAACUUACCGAAAUACGCCAUCUAUGCACUAUAUGGAAUUAUAUUCACAAUCAGCAAAUAGAUUCCAAGUUCAACUGCAAACACAUAUAGCAAACCAAAUAUAUUCACUCAACGAGCUGUAUGCGCAAGAGAAGACUCAACACGCAUACUGAACGAGUUGGAGGAUCCACCGGAUAUUCGUACUAUCGCUUUCACACACUGUUCACACUUAACGGUGUCAUCGGCAUUCAUGCUCUCAUCGAUUGUUAUACGCUUUAUCCAUGUGAGCAUCAAGAACGAUGGCCAGAAAAUCUAUUUCCUUCACGCAUCGAGCUAUCAUUCUUUCUCAACAAAAUCUAUGCCCAGGUGCUGAAGGUGAAGAGAGGACGUUGUACCGGUGUUGAAGUUGGUCAGCUUAAGGCGCCGCACAUAGUGCCCACUGAACUUUGCUCGCUCUACCUGGCACACGACUUCUGUCUUCCACAUUCUGCGCAAGAAACGCACACACACUAACUAUCUCAAACGCAAGAGAUGCCAACGAAGGCGCCAAACUAUCCCAACUAGAUCAAUCGAGUCAGCAUCCUACCAAAUACAAUUUCCCAAGUCCACACCGAGCUCAGCUUGCAACACAGCUCGCCAUGUUAAGGUCUACCCCAUAGCAGCCGAGUCCUUCUGAGAGUUAAAAUACGCCGAAAUCUCAACUGCGCCUCAAUUGCUCGCAUUUAUAUUUGGCCUGCGGACAACAUCGUCUCCGGCCGGAUGUUCACUGAUGAUCAUCGAAGAAGGGCGAAUCGUGGGCCUGUUCAUACCAGAGUGGACCUAUCAGCCUCUUGUGAUCGAAUUGUCUUCAAGGCAAAGAAUUAUCCCACGGAUAAUAUUUAACACUAAACACAUUUAGCAGUCACAUAGCUGAGACUGACUCUCCAUUUCCUUUGGCAUCGAGAUCAAGAAUUAUCUCCCUGAUAAUAUUUAACAAACUAAUAGUCAUAUGGCUAAUACAUACCUGAGACUUGCUUUCCAUUUUCUUCUUUUAUGGCAUAUUAUUAUCCCAUAUAUUACAAUUAUUUAUUAUUUUAUAUUUGCAUAUCAAUGUGAUAUAUGAUAUCAAGACUAGCUUAUAGAACACACAACUGGCUGCAGAGGACUUUGUCUACAAUUAGUUAUAUUUCACACACAUUUGUAAAUAAACUCGAUUUGAUAUUUUUAUACUGACUCCA